UCAAUUAAAUUGGAACCAAGAGUUCCAGAUGCGAUCCUUUGCACGAGAUGAUGUUUCAUUUGACCACAACGUCCAAAUAUGAAGUGACUGAAAAUGUAUUACUAAAAUACACACAUGUAGCACCAUUUUAUGCGAUCUUUACGAAUUCUGAAUGACAGUUGUAUAUAAUGAACAGCGUUUGUUAUAUCAACGUUUGAGGUAUCAUCUAUGACUUGCGAAUAAAAAUUUUUACAGGACGAUGCUGGAAGGAAUUAUGGAGUUUAACAGGGAUGAACAUGCACAUACCCGAUACAAUCCCUUGAAGGGUGAAUGGGUUCUAGUAUCACCACAUAGGACAAAGAGACCUUGGUGUGGUCAAGUGGAAGAUGGACCCGACGAAGGAAUUCCAGAAUUUGACCCCAAAAAUCCUUUGUGUCCUGGUGUAAUGAGACAUAUUGGGCAGGUAAAUCCCAACUACAAGUCUACAUUUACAUUCACCAAUGAUUAUCCAGCUCUUCUUGAAGAUGUUCCUAGCCCACCACCAAGUAGUGAUCCGUUAUUCCAAAUGGAGAGUGCUCAAGGAACAUGCAGAGUCAUGUGUUUUCAUCCAAAGUCAAAUAUAACCCUUCCUCUUAUGACAGUAUCAGAGAUUCGGGACAUAAUUGACAAAUGGAUAGAAGAACUUACCGAACUUGGUAAGAAGUAUAUAUGGGUCCAAAUAUUUGAGAAUAAAGGAGCUAUCAUGGGUUGUUCUAACCCACAUCCUCACUGCCAGAUAUGGGCCUCAGGUUUCUUCCCAAAUGAACCACGUAUCAAGGAACACUACCAGCUUGAGUAUUACAAGAAAUUUAAGAGGCCCUUACUUAUGGAUUAUGUUUCCAAGGAACUGGAGAAAAAGGAACGAAUAGUUACUGAAAAUGUGGACUGGGUGGUGGUUGUGCCUUACUGGGCUGUAUGGCCAUAUGAGACAAUGUUACUUCCCAAAACACACUUGAAACGUUUUUCUGAUUUGAAGAGUAAACAACGGGAUAGUCUUGCAUCCAUCAUCAAAUGUGUUUCAGGAGCUCCAACUGGCCCAAAACUUUAUGAGGACGUAAGCCAUUGGGUGUUUCAUGGAGUUUAUUAUCCUCCACUCUUGCGCUCUGCCACCAUUAAGAAGUUUAUGGUUGGAUAUGAAAUGCUGGCUCAGUGUCAGAGAGAUUUAACUCAGGAGCAAGCUGCAGAGAAACUACGAAAUGUACCAGAUAUCCAUUACAAACAAGAAAAUGAGUGAAAAUAUUAAUUAUGAGAGAUGAGAGAAAUCCAAGAACAAGCUGCAGAGUAAUUACUAACCUUGCUAAAAAUUAAAAGUAAAGAAUCAAAGAGGUUAUUAUCUGUCAGCACUAACUAAUCCAAAUGUACUCCCUUAGCAACAGACAGUUCUGCAUGGCUUCCUGUGCAUAUGCGGCACUAACCUAAUCCGAUCUUAACUAAACCUACCUGCUUAGCAACUGACCAUUGUGCAUGGUUGUCUGCUCAUGCAUUUCACCUUACUUGUUCCAACCUAAUCUAUCUUACAGUAACGAAACCUAAUUUGACCAUAUCCCCUCACUUACAAACAUAUCAUUGCACACGGCCAUUUGCGCAUGUGCAUCACUACUGACCUAAUCUAACGUAACUUAACCAAAUCAAAGUUCUUAGCAAAUGGCAAAUGCGCAUGGUUGUUUCCACACAUGUGCCAUUAACCUAACUAAACUUAGGCCAACAUUGACUUACAUUAGGUACGCUUUGGUUUCAUGCAGAGGCCGGGUCCGUCACAGAGACCAUUCAUACAGACACUGGUUUGGGUGGGGAGAAUUUGAAAAAAAUUCUAAUUCAAAAUUUUUGGAAAAUCAAAAAAGUAGGAAAAUAUCCAAAAAGCGCGCGUAACUAAAUUUUUUUGAAAAAUUUCGACUUCAAAUUUUUAGUUAUUUUCGCUUUUCAUGCCACUUAUAAACAUUUUUAUAAUUUUUAAAAUUUUCGAAAAAUCAAAAAAUGUAUGAAAAUGUCCAGAAAGCGCACCUGGUCUGCCAUGGUCGGUCCAUGCCAGACUCUGUCUCUGUUGGAUCGUGUCUGCCUGACACUCUCCCUGCCGGACUCCAUUUGUAACGGACCUUUUCUCUGCUGGACCCAGACUCUGACUUGCUGGAACUGGUCUGCUGUACAUGAUCAAAUUUAUAAUUUCUUUUAUGAAACUGCCUGAAGUUUCACUACUGUUUUCAAAAGAGGAUACUAUCCUGUGUCUACAACCUCACAUACUAUUUCUGUAAGAUUUCUAACAAUAUUAUCACCCCACCAAUGUCUAGGUCUCACAAAUGUUUUGUUCUCCUUAGGUUUCCUGAUCAAAAUUGUGUGUAUGUGUAGUUCUCAGUAUACACAAUACCUUGUUACUGACAGACUAACUUGUGAAUUGCUGAUUUGAGUCCCUUAUUUUCAUCAAAAUAAAUAUUUCAAUUGGACAACUAGAAAUAAAAUGUUCUCAAUUCACUAUUAUAAAUCUUGUGAACAUAUCAAACAGAACUAACAUAUUUGCAGAUCUACAUAUUCUGAACACAAAAAUUAGCCAUCAACCCACAUGGGAACCUUCAAGUUUGAAUAAUUCUUCUCUUGUGAGAUUUCAGGUUCUCACAGUGGCAAGUAUGAAGAUGACUCUCUUGAGGGAUGUGCCAUGCAGUCUGGUAAAUAUUUACCAAUGCUUCAGAGGUGCUUGGUGCCUCCAUCAUUAGGACGAUCUCCGACACCUCAGUAAACUUCUACCAGGCUACACAGCACACCAUCCCAGAAGAUAGUAACCUUCAACUCUUCUUAAUAAAUAUGACAUUUGAAAUUUCUGUGAUAUCAGCAAGUUCUGCUUGAUUAUAAUCUGAGUUUCUGAUCAUAAAACAACACAAUAACAUAUGUGCAAUUUUAUCACAAUAUAUUAUAUUUCAUUUCAUCAGUACAUACCUUAACAAUCUACCGAGCACUUUAGAAACUCAAAACAAAAUAAUGUUAAAAGCAGAAUUAAUUUUAACCAAGUAAAAUACUAGCUAAAUCAAACAGAAUGGCUUUGUAUUAUUAUACAAAGUAACAAAAAUUAAUACUCCCAGCUACAUACUUAUCAUGGAUCUUCAUGGCUUACUACAAGCAACAAAAUUGUCUUCAUAUGGCAGCAUUUCCUGCAGCAACUCUGUUCUUCACAUCUUCAUAGGAUGGCAAAGACUGUAAUAUAAUACCUUUAUAAAUCAAAACAGUAGAAAAAUAAUUUAUAUAUACAUCACUUAGUAAAUAUGUCUAGAACACACAAAGUGCAUUGUUUUUAAGGGCAGAUAAAUGAAGGACAUGUGUAACUUA